AUGAAAAAAAGAAAUCAGAAAAUAUGUAAAAAUUUUAAACUAUCAUUGAGGUGAUUUAAAUAUUUCCUCUAAAAUUCAAUGUGCGAAAUUUGGAAUAAAUUCUAAGAAAAUUUUUGCAAGUGGAGAUGAUAAAAAUUGUGUUCAAAUUUGGCAAACAGGAGAAUCGAAACCUAUUGCUGUAUUAAAAUGAUAGAAAGCUAGACAUUAAAUUCUUAAAAUAAUUCUAAUUCUUAAGUUGAAGUUGCCAGUAUCUGCUUUAGUUUUUGUGAAGAAGAAAUAUUUUCAGGAUCAAAUAGAGGAAUUAUAAAUGUAUGGGAUGUAGAAAACAAAAGAUGUAUUCGUACAAGUUAAAUAAAGUACUUCAAACACUCAAAGGACAUUCUGCUUGCGUGAAUGCUCUAUGCAUAUAUCCAUCAAAUGAAUUUAAAAAUUUAUUAUUAAGUGGAGCAUAUGAUACAUCAAUUAAAUAAUGGGAUUUGAGAUCUAAAACUGCAGUAAAUUAGUUUAAAGGACAUACUAUGUAAAUCAAUGCAUUAGCUGUUUCACCUGAUUCUAAAUUAUUAGCAUCUGGUUCUAAUGAUGGAUAAGUGAAAAUUUGGGAUAUAGCAUAAGGAAAAUUAAUAACAUCUUUUUUACAGCAUGACAGUGCGAUUACAUGUUUAACAUUUAAUCCAUAAUAAAAAUUAUUAGCUUCUGGAGGUGCAGAUCGUUGUAUUAGAAUUUGGGAUUUAGAUCGACUUAAUUAAGUAAUAGAAUAUACAUAUUACAGAUAUCUAUGACUAGAACAGAUUCUACUCCUAUUUAAAAUAUUCUUAUAAAUGAAAACGGUAAAUUAUUAUUUUCAGCAACACAUGAAUCUUUGAAAGUAUGGGACCUUGAUCAUGAUUGUUAAUUAUUAGAUAAUGUAGAAAGUAUGUGGAAAGGAGUUUAAGAUAUGAUUAUUAUACAAGAUUAAGAGUAAUUGUUUGGAUUAGCUUCCAAUCCUUAAACAGGUUUCACUUUACAUAAUGUUUCUUUAAAAUCCAUCUGUUUGGAUAAUAAAAUUAAUGAAUAAAAAUAAACUGCUAAUAACAAUUCUAAAUAAAGAGGAAGAACUCCUGAUAGAAGACAAGAAAUCUAAACAAUAACACCUAAAGUCUAAGAGUAAGAAAAUAAGUUAAAAAGCAAACCAUCUUAAUAAAUACAAGGACAAAAUUUAAUAGUAAAUUAAAAUAAUUAAUGUGAUAAAUAAAAAUAAAAUGAAAUCACUAAGGAUUAUUAAUCUUGUUAACCAUAACCAAUGUUUCCACCUAUUCAACCUCAAAUUAAUAAUACACCAUUUAUUAAUAAUCCUCAUAGUAAUAAUAAUUAAAAUGGAUAUUUUUUAUAAUAAGUUGAAUAAUAAUAAUAAUAGUAGUAGUAAUAAUUACUAUAUUAAUAUUAAAUUGUUUUACCUAAUUAGUAAAAUUAAUAAUUAAAUUUACAUACUUUAUAACAAUAAAAUUAGGAAUUUUUAGUAAAUAAUUAACAUUAAUAAAAAAAUAAAUAAGAAUUUUAAGCUAUCUAAUAAAUGCCUUAAAUUGUUAAAUAAGUCAAUUUCAUUGAGGAAGAAAACUUUGAAGAGGAUGUAGAUAUCAUGAAAACUAGUGAAUUAACAUUAUCUUAGUUUAUGUUAGGCGAUCAAAAUAAGGAGAAAUUUAAAUAAGUAGAUCUAAUUCAUGAAAUUACUAAAGAUCAUAAUCGAAUUAAUUAAAUAUUAUCAUAAAGAAUGAAAUUUAUGAAACCAAUAAUUUGUUGGUGGACUAAUAAUAAUAUUAAAUCAGCUGUCAAUGCUAUAAAUUAGUAAAAUUAGUUAUAAAUUUAGAGUAACAGAUCCUUAAAAUUUGUAAGAUGUAAUUUCUUUGUGUUCAUAAUAACCUAAGUUUACAUAAAUCCCAAUAGAUAAUUUUCCAAUGUUAUUGGAAAAAGCUAGAUUAUUAAUUGAAUCUAGAUUUGCAUUUCAUAUCAAAACUGGUUUAGAUUUUGCUUAUAAAUCUCUUUGUUAAUUUAGAGAAGUAUGAUUUAAACAAAUUUUAUAGGAAAUACUGAAUAUUAAACUUUUCAAUUAAUUAUCCAAAGCAGAUUUAGCAAGAGAAGAAAGAAUAUAAAAAUAUGAUAGAAUUAUAGAAUAGCUAAAAAUUAUAGCAUAAAUGCCUAAAAUGCAAAAAUUACUUGAAAGAAAUAAAGAUGAGUUAACAGAAAUGGCUAAAAAAUUGUAAUUAGAAGUUUUUGAAAUGAUGAAGAAAAUUAAUCAACAUAUUUGA